AUAUUUCAGUUUUUCACCAACUAACACGACACUAUAAGUUCCUACGAGGAUUCACUUCACUACCACCUUGUUUCCAUUAUCUUCAAUUCUUCUUCUCAUCACUUCUUUUUCCACAAAAAAGGUAUUCUAUCUUCUCUUCAUUCCUUGCUUGCUUUGCUUCCAAGGAAAACCACUCAGAAAAAAACCAUGGAAGGGAGAACGGGACUCUUGUUUCUUGUUGUAUUAGGUGCUGCUUGGGCAUGUGAUUCAAGGGAACUGACUAACUCUGGUACUUCCGAACUAAGCAUAAAGCCGGAUGUGUGUGCACUUUGUGAGGAAUAUAUUACCAAGGCACUUGAUUAUCUACAUGAAAACAAGACCGAGACAGAGAUCAUUAAUAUCCUGCACAACACUUGCCACCAGCUUCCCUCUUUCAAGCAGAAGUGCGUUGCUUUGGUGGACUUUUAUGCUCCUCUUUUCUUCUCUGAAGUAGCUACAAUUCAGCCUGGAGAAUUCUGCCACAAGGUCAAUCUCUGUCAGAAAAUUGCAUAUAUUGCCUUGAAAGUUCAAGAUGAUAGCUGUGAGUUUUGCCAAGAUACUGUUUCAACUCUAUUGGAAAAGUUGAAGGAGAGUGAUACUAAGCUAGAGAUAAUUGAGACGUUACUAAAGGUGUGCAAUUCAGUGGAGAAGUAUGCAAAUAAGUGCAAGAGAAUGGUUUUCGAGUAUGGACACUUGAUUUUUGACCAUGCAGAGAAAAUCCUAGAGACGACAGAUAUAUGCACUAUAAUACAUGCCUGCAGAUCUUCAGAUGUAGCUGGACAGCAAGCAUUUCUUUCAGUCUCUUAAUUAUAGAAACAAAGCUCUACCAGAUUUAUGCUUCACUUGUUGGCUGAAAAAGAUUGCCAUAUAUUCAAUGUAAUAAGGGGGAGGGAGAGUACAAAUUCAAUAUAUUAUCAGUGUAAAAUUCUUAAUACUAUCUAAGUUUCUAAUUAUGUGUCAGCACACCAUUAAAAAGGUUGAAACUUUCUACGUAGUGGCUGUGAUACUCAUGCUUGUUUAAUUAUUUGACAAUACAUAAUUGGAUGUUAACAUUCUGAAUACUUUUA